CAAUGCUGAGUAAACAGAUGAGGUUUCCUAGGUAACAUAACAAUGAAGUUACACUUUUUCGUAACACUAUUUUGCCGAAUGACCCUUCCUUAUAGACGUAUUAGCAAUCAUGAAUCUUCAGUUCUUAGUAGCCGCUUCUAAAAUUUAAAUACAAUCCGUUCAGUUACGUGCAGAUGUUUCAUUAAAGAUCGAUCAAGGCACCAAACUGCAAAUAUGGACCCAUGCUUCAAGGAUUUCCUGAAGGAACUAUAGUGUCAAGUCUGUCGGGAGUAUAUUAUGUCACCCAUUCCCAUGUGUGAAAAUGGCCACAGUGUGUGCAAGACCUGCAGGCAGAAUCUCCUGAAUUGCCCAGUCUGCAGAGAACAGUUCUCAAACAUGAGGUGUUUUCUUCUUGAGAACAUGACCAGGAAAAUGAGGCACCCGUGUAAAUAUUACAACCGAGGAUGUCCCAAGGCAUUUUACCUACAGCGUAGUGAGAAGCACGAAGACCAGUGUCAACACCAGCCAUUUAAAUGCCCAUUUCAGGUAACGGUAAGGUGAGCUGCACCUGGGAGGGCAGCGUCACUGAUAUCUGACAGCACAUGGAGAAUAACCACAUGGGACCAAGCAACCAAUCAAAUGCAACUGGGAGUAUUUACGGAUAAUUUCUGCGUAAUGAAGCUGAAUGUAAAGUGGAAUUGUGCAAACCAAUAUUCACAAUGGGCAAAAGUUUCUUUCUGUUACUUAGAACCAUAGACAACAAUAAGAAUGUCAAUAUUCUGCACGUAGGACUAAAGAGAAAGGCAUCUAAGUAGAUUGUUAUUGUUAGACCUUUUUCUGAUGUUGUUUGUUUGUAUUCUCCUCAGACACUUCAAUGUUCAAUAGCUCUUUCUUGUACCGCAUAUUGAGCGAUCAUGCCAGAAAGGCAUAUUUUCAUAAUAGAAGAUAUCUGGUCUACUCCUUACUUACUCUGUGAAGCCAGGUCCUUCUUUCCCCUCAUUCACAAUCUUCGAGGGCUCCAGAAGCAUUCUAUAGAGCACCACCCGGACCACUGAAAUGGCCCUUUUCAGGGCCCUGAUCACAAUUUUCGAAAUAGACGCUAAUUUAAAGAUAGCUGACGGUAUUUUCCGGACUCCGCUGAUGGAGGCUGCAACUCGUGGCCAUCUAGAAGUAGUUCGUUAUCUUGCAAUGAAUGGAGCAGACGUAAAUGCUUGCACCAAUAAUAAAACUGCUUUGCUCUUGGCAACUAAAGGGGCACAUUUGAACGUAAUGGGUUUCUUACUGGAACAGGGCGCGGAUAUUAAUGGCAACAAUGUUGAACGAGGCAUGAGUCCGUUACAAGUUGCAAUUGAGAAUUACGACUUACAGACAGUGAAGUUCUUAAUUGAAAGAGGAGCGGAUAUUAAUGACAGCAAUUUUGAACGAGGCAUAAGUCCGUUACGACUUGCAAUUGAGAAAAACGACUUACAGAGAGUGAAGUUCUUAAUUGAAAGUGGCGCUGAUAUUAAUGUUCGCAGCUUCAAAAAUGAAACUGCUAUUCACUUCGCUGCUCAAGCUGAUAAUGUAGACCUUAUGACGUUAUUAGUAGAUAAAGGAAUGUCUGUCAACGAAACGUGUACUCGCGGCGAAACUCCGCUACACGAAGCAGCUCGCCAUGGUAAUCUGAGAGCAACAGAUUUUCUAGUCGAAAGAGGCGCUGAUAUUAAUGUUCGCAGCUUCAAAAAUGAAACUGCUCUUCACUUCGCUGCUAAAGCUGAUAAUGUAGAUAUUAUGACGUUAUUAGUAGAUAAAGGAAUGUCUGUCAACGAGACGAGUACACGCGGCAAAACUCCGCUACAGAAAGCAGCUCGCCAUGGUAAUCUGAGAGCAACAGAAUUUCUAGUCGAAAGAGGCGCUGAUAUUAAUGUUCACAGCUUAAAAAAUGAAACUGCUCUUCACUUCGCUGCUAAAGCUGAUAAUGUGAACCUUAUGACGUUAUUAGUAGAUAAAGGAUUGUCUGUCAACGAAACGAGUACACGCAGCAAAACUCCGCUACACAAAGCAGUUCGCUAUGGUAAUGUGUGUGCAAUAGAAUUUCUAGUCAAAGGAGGCGCUGAUUUAGAGAUAGCUAACAAUAUUGGCCGGACUCCGCUGAUGGUGGCUGCAUAUGAUGGCUAUCCAGAAAUAGUUCGUUAUCUUGCAAUGAAUGGAGCAGACGUAAAUUCUUGCACCAAUGAUGUAAUUGCUUUGCACUUGGCAACUAUAGCGGAACAUUUGGACGUGAUGUGUAUCUUACUGGAUCAUGGUGCGGAUAUUAAUGGUAGCAAUGUUGAACGAGGCGCGAGUCCGAUACAAGUUGCAAUUAAGCAUAACGACUUACAGACAGUGAAGUAAAAUGUAUAAAAUGUUUAAAUUUG